UGCAGCAUGGGUAUAUGUAACCUGCCACGCGGCUCAGAUUGCAUUUCCUGUUGGUGACUGAAGUGAUGGGAGCGUUUUGGGCCUUGCUUGUGUCUGUGCUGGCUGUCUGGUUUACCAAAGGCUCUGGUUUGCCGGUCGGUGAUGCAAAUGAAAUGAGUGGUAAUGGGCCGCAGAGGACAAUGAGAAAUGUGUCUCCUAAUGACGCCUCCAUAACGAAGGUCCUUACGCUUCACCAGUCACAUGAGUCUGUGUUCCUGCAGAAGUCAAAAAAAGUCCAACUGGAAACCAAUGAAGUGGAAGCUAAGGCAUCGGCUGUCUACCUGAAAGUUGAACAUGCGCAGCGCGGCGGCCCCAUCGGCGCCAAGGGUAGCCGCAACAUGGGCCACAACGGUACUCUGGACGACAGUGUGGGCCACAACAGCACUGUAGGCGACUACGCAGGCCAAAAUGGUGGUGUGGGCAACAAUAACGGCACCCUUGGGGACGACGGCAACAGCACUGUGGGCGACGACAGCAAUGCAGGCUACAACGCCACCCUUGGGGACGACGGCAACAGCACUGUUGGCGACGACCGCAAUGCAGGCUACAACGCCACCCUUGGGGACGACGGCAACAGCACUGUGGGCGACGACCGCAAUGCAGGCUACAACGCCACCCUUGGAGACGACGGCAACAGCACUGUGGGCGACGACAGCAAUGCAGGCUACAACGCCACCCUUGGGGACGACGGCAACAGCACUGUUGGCGACGACAGCAAUGCAGGCUACAACGCCACCCUUGGGGACGACGGCAACAGCACUGUUGGCGACGACAGCAAUGCAGGCUACAACGCCACCCUUGGGGACGACGGCAACAGCACUGUUGGCGACGACAGCAAUGCAGGCUACAACGCCACCCUUGGGGACGACGGCAACAGCACUGUUGGCGACGACAGCAAUGCAGGCUACAACGCCACCCUUGGGGACGACGGCAACAGCACUGUGGGCGACGACAGCAAUGCAGGCUACAACGCCACCCUUUGGGACGACGGCAAUGCAGGCUACAACAAUAACAGCACCCUAGGUGUAACCUUUUAGCAGGACAGUGAAUUGGUUCUUCCUGCAUCUUACGAUGUUUUGUACCUACUUUUUAUAUUUGCUUCAAAUAAAAGUUACCUUAAA